AAAAGAAAUAGAGGGAAUUAACGACGCGUCGGCAGGGGGGGAAGGAAAUGAAAACGUUACGUAAUGAAGGAAGGGUGGAUUGGGUCGGGGAAUGGUGCACGGGUUAUCAGGCUCUUUGCCUUCCUCCCCUGGGAGGGCCCGUUUCCCAAAUAGAGAUGUAGACAUGAUUUGCCACCUUGGCUGAUAGUGGCAGAGAGACGGGAAAAGAGCUGUUUAGACUUGUGCAGACCUCACUCUGUUUGCAAUUGCCGCUUCUACACACAGGAAUGUCGUCAACUGCGUCGCCUAUCGCCAUAGCCCACACGAGCGGCAUCAAGCCGUUUUUCAGCCAGAAGAUCCAGGACUAUGAGAUCGAGCUUGCAGCACGGACACAGAACUUACGCAGACUCGAGGCGCAGAGGAACUCGUUGAACUCUAAGGUGCGGUCGCUCAAGGACGAGUUGAAGCUCUUGCAGGAGCCCGGAUCGUAUGUCGGAGAGGUGAUCAAGGUGAUGGGCAAGAAGAAGGUGUUGGUGAAGAUCCAUCCGGAGGGGAAGUACGUGGUGAACGUCACGAAGGACAUAGAUAUCAAGCAGAUCACGCCUUCGCUCCGCGUGUGCUUGAAGUCGGACUCGUACGACUUGCACAAGAUCUUGCCGAACAAGGUCGACCCGUUGGUGUCGCUCAUGAUGGUGGAGAAGGUGCCGGACUCCACGUACGACAUGGUGGGCGGGCUCGACAAGCAGAUCAAGGAGAUAAAGGAGGUGAUUGAGUUGCCUGUCAAGCACCCGGAGUUGUUCGAGUCCUUGGGGAUAGCGCAGCCAAAGGGCGUCAUAUUGUACGGGCCUCCCGGCACGGGCAAGACCUUGUUGGCCAGGGCCGUGGCCCACCACACAGACUGCAAAUUCAUCAGGGUCUCCGGUUCCGAGCUAGUCCAGAAGUACAUUGGUGAGGGUAGUAGAAUGGUGCGGGAGCUCUUUGUGAUGGCCCGGGAGCAUGCGCCCUCCAUCAUCUUCAUGGAUGAGAUUGACUCGAUCGGCUCCUCCCGUUCGGAGUCGUCCUCCGGAGGCGGAGAUUCCGAGGUCCAGAGAACCAUGUUGGAACUUUUGAACCAGUUGGACGGUUUCGAGUCCUCGAAGGACAUCAAGAUCAUUAUGGCCACCAACAGAUUGGACAUCCUAGACCCUGCGCUGUUGAGACCGGGGAGAAUCGACCGUAAAAUCGAGUUCCCUCCUCCAACCUUGAAUGCCAGAACCGAUAUAUUGAAGAUCCACUCCAGGUCGAUGAACUUGACUCGAGGAAUAGAUCUGAAAAAGAUUGCCGAAAAAAUGGGUGGCUGCUCCGGUGCAGAGAUAAAAGGUGUCUGUACAGAGGCAGGUAUGUACGCUCUCAGAGAGAGAAGAAUACACGUCACUCAGGAAGAUUUUGAGCUUGCCGUGGCAAAGGUCAUGAACAAAAACGAAGAAGGCGAUGUCUCUGUCGCCAAGUUAUUCAAAUAGGUGCCGUCUCUCUCCCUCCAUUCAUCCUCAUAUAUCUUUUUGUAUAAGCUUUCCAUACGCUAGAUAUAUGUAUACAGUAGUAGUUCAAACCACUUGUGCAAAUACUAAUCUGGCUGCUGCUGUAAGUUCUGCUAGUUCGACAAACGACAAUAACUACACACUACAGGUAACCCAUGUAUUGUCAAAAGAAAAUACCAUAAGGCAUGGAGUUCUUCUGCUACAUUGCUCCUGGGAGCUUUUCAGCCACCUUUGUAGCUGCCAAUCCCAACUGAUUGACAAAUCCAUGCCCAUCUCCCACAUUUCAUUCUACCUGGAGGCAAUUCCGUGUAGGAAUGUUGCCGCUAAUCUAGCAAUUGCGCGCAAUAGCGUAAGGCUUCGAUCACCUCUAUCAA